UUCAAUUAUGGCGGAGGACAGUGAGUUGGCAGCCAUUCGGGCGAAGCGUUUGGAGGAACUGCAAGGGCAAUAUGGGGGUCAAAAUGCUGCACAAAUGCAACAGCAACAGGAAGCCAUGCAAAGGGAGGCUGAAAUGAAAAACAGUCUUUUGUCUCAAAUACUGGAGCAAGGCGCCAGAGCAAGAUUGAACAGCAUAGCACUGGUUAAACCAGAAAAGGCAAAAAUGAUGGAAAGCAUGUUAAUACAAAUGGCCAGGUCAGGGCAGAUAGCUGGAAAGUUAUCAGAGUCCCAAUUGGUGAGUCUACUCCAGGAAGUUAGUGAGCGAACCCAAAAGAAAACCACAGUAAAGUUCAACAGGAAGCGGCUUGAUGAUUCUGAUGAUGAUGACUACUGACUAUUAUCGAAUUCCAAAUGGUUUGAGACCUGCAAAAGUACAAUAAUAAAAGUUAUGAUACCUUGUGUAAAAAACUUGAAGUCCAUCAGGGAAUGAUCAAGAGGAGAAUGAACCAGCAGCUCAGUGACACAAAAGCUAUUUUGUUGAACUUUUCUUCUCAUGUAUAGAGGCUAUGAAACAUUUGUUUAUUGCUUGAGUGUGAGUAAAUGCUACAUUCGUGUUGAAUGUAUUGAAGAAUGUUCAUAUCAGAAGCUUUGCAGAGAGGAUACGUUAGCUCAGUAAGCUGUGUAAGAUGCAAUGAUAUAAACCAGCAAAUAGUGAUA